AUGGACACAACACAAGAUGUGGCAAAAGUUGAUCAGAUGAGCCAGAUCUACAGAUAUGUCAUAGUUGAACGAGAUGCUCACGGUGUUGCCACUGAUGUGACGAUCAAAGAGUCCUUCAUUGGAUUUCGUGAAGUUAAGGACUCAUCGGCCAGCGAGCUUACUCGGGAGAUUGUUGCGUCUGUGGAGGACAACGGCUUAGACCUUUCCAAGUGCAGAGGGCAAGGGUACGACGGUGCCGCAAAUAUGCGCGGCAUAUACAGUGGUGUCCAAGCAAGGAUAGCUGCCAAGGAGCCAACUGCCGUGUAUGUACACUGUGCAUCACAUAAUUUGAAUCUCAUCUUUGAUGCGGUGAAGAUACAAGAAGCACUCCCUUCUGACAGCCUUCCUCUGCCAUUUCUCUCCAUCUCCUUCUCUGUCUUUAUCCUGACAGCAAGACUUUCUGAGCGUGCCUUGACACAGCACACCAACAUUUCUGAUGCAGUCUCUGGUCGUGAGAUGGCAAAGCAGCGCUUCUCCGGGCUGGAAGUAUCCCUGAUGGUGAUGUUUGCUUUGGUAAUGGUGGUGGCCAUUGCAAUGGUCAUUUUAGUGGCCACUGGGGAGCCAGGGACGAUCAAACAUGAUUCCGGAUCUGAUCCAGACAUUGUCCCAGAAUGUCCCAGCAUUCCAGAGGGAGAGAGAGUGGACUGUUUCCCGGAUGAUGGAGCUUCCAGGCAAAAAUGUCUGGAAAGAGCUUGCUGCUGGAGCCCCCUGAACGAGACUAAUGUCCCCUGGUGCUUCUUCUCCAAAAACCACGGUUACAGCGUGGUCAGCGAAAGCAAGCCAGACAGUACACAUAUUGAGGCUAAGCUGACAAGAAUGGAUGCUCCAUCUCUUUUUGGAGCUGAUAUUAAAGAUUUGACCUUCUAUGCUGAAAUGCAGACAGAAAACCGUCUUCGAUUUAAGAUCACUGAUGCCAGUAAAGCCAGGUUUGAGGUUCCUCACGAGCAUGUGCAAUCGCUUUCUGACACUCCCAACGGUCCCCUAAAAUAUAGAUUGGAGCUGAUCCAGAAACCCUUUGGGCUGAAAGUUUGGAGAGCAACAUCUCCUGAAAAACUCCUGUUUGACACAACCAUUGGGCCACUGGUUUUUGCUGAUCAGUACCUUCAGCUCUCGGCUAAACUCCCCUCUCACAAUAUCUAUGGACUUGGAGAGCAUGUCCAUCAGACCUUCCGCCAUGACACCAACUGGAGGACCUGGCCUAUCUUCACAAGAGCUGCUUUUCCCAAUGGAGGCACACAUAACCUGUAUGGACAUUACCCCUAUUUCACAUGUCUGGAAGAUACGAGCGGCCAAACCUUUGGAGUUUUCCUCAUGAACAGCAAUGCUAUGGAGGUGACAAUCCAGCCUGCUCCGGCCAUAACUUUCCGGACUAUUGGAGGGGUUCUGGAUUUCUACAUCCUGGUUGGAGAAACACCAGAGGCAGUGGUGGAUGAGUUCACGAAGCUGAUUGGCAGAGCUUUCAUCCCUCCAUACUGGUCUCUGGGCUUCCAGCUCUCUCGCUGGGACUACGGCAGCUUGGAGGAGGUGAAGAAAGUGGUUGAGAGAAAUCGACAGGCUGGUCUUCCAUAUGAUGUCCAUUACACUGAUAUUGACUACAUGGAGAACAACAAGAUCUUCACCUAUGAUACGGAUAAAUUUGCAGAGCUGCCUCACUUUGCUGACUACAUGCAUGAUAAAGGGCAGAAAUACAUUGUCAUACUGGAUCCUGCCGUAUCCACAGGUCAAAGGAUAAAUGGACCCUAUGAGGCACUUGAGAGAGGACAUGCGGCUAAGGUUUGGGUCACUGAGCCAGAUGGGCUAACACCUCUACUGGGAGAGGUAUGGCCAGGGGAAACUGUGUUUCCUGACUACACUAACCAGGUUUGCAUUGAUUGGUGGGUUGAUGAAAUUUUGCGUUUCCACAAGGAAGUCAAGCAUGAUGCUCUCUGGAUUGACAUGAAUGAGGUGGCCAAUUUCGUGAAAGGAGGCAUCAAAGGCUGUGCUGAUAACAAACUCAACUAUCCUCCAUUCACCCCACGUAUCCUUGAUGAUCUGAUGUACAGUAAGACCUUAUGCAUGGAUGCUAAACACAAAUGGGGGGACCACUAUGAUGUCCACAGUCUCCAUGGGUACUCUAUGGUCCUGGCUACUGACAAGUAAGUGUUGGUUUUUCCACACUCUGUAUGCAGAAUAUUUCCUAUGCUCCGUUCCAUGGUCUUUACCCGCUCCUCAUUCCCAGGGGUGGGCAAGUACUCUGGGCACUGGUUGGGCGACAACAGCGCCAACUGGAAUGACAUUAAGUGGGCGAUACCCGGCAUGCUGGAGUUUAACCUCUUCGGAAUCCCUUACAUCGGUGCGGAUAUCUGUGGGUUCUUUGACAACUCGACGGAGGAGCUUUGCACACGUUGGAUGCAAGUGGGCGCAUUCUACCCCUUCAGCCGUAACCACAAUGCAAAAGGUUUUGCAGACCAGGACCCUGCAGCAUACGGCUUUGGCUCUCUCUUGGUGAACACCUCAAGGCAUUACCUGAACAUCAGAUACAUGCUCUUGCCUUACCUCUACACUCUGUUCUACAAGGCCCAUGUUAACGGAGAGACUGUAGUCCGUCCCUUAAUGCACGAGUUCUAUUCUGACAGUGAAACCUGGGCAGUACACAAACAGUUCAUGUGGGGAUCAUAUCUACUCAUUACACCUGUGCUGGAUCCUGGUGUUGAAAUUGUGGAGGCCUAUAUUCCAGAUGCCAUCUGGUAUAACUUUGAGACGGGGGUAAAGAUUACAGAACGCAAAUCAACAAUUAACAUGCACCUGCCAGCUGAUAGAAUUGGUUUACACCUGAGAGGCGGAGGCAUUCUGCCCAUACAAAGACCAAACGUCACAACUACAUACAGCCGGCUUCAUCCCAUGGGACUGAUCGUUGCACUCGAUGACAACAAGGCUGCGUCAGGCGAGCUAUUUUGGGAUGAUGGAGACUCUCGAGAUCCAAACAACUUGAAGUAUGAGAAGAUCACAGUGAUGGGAGUGAACAGCACACCUGCUCUCGUGCUUGUGUCGGAUGGCAACUUCGUUAUCACUCUGAAUGAGUCCCAGAUUGAUUAUGAUUCUUCCACGAGGGUACUACAUCUGAAAAAUCUGGAGCUGCAACUGGGGAAGAACUACACAGUCAGCUGGGAGGUCAAAAACUCUGUAAAUAUUGAUUGUUACCCUGAAGGGGAUGAAGAUCAGGCCAAAUGCGAAGCCCGGGGCUGCAUCUGGGAGCUAUUAAGUAAUCCUCAGUGUUAUUAUGCCGAGAACCACGGCUACAUCACCACCAACAAGGUUGAGACAUCUAGUGGCAUCACUGUAGAUAUAGACCGCAAUACCGAAUUCCCAAGUCACCGUUCUCUAUCUCGAGACAUCAGCAAGCUACGGGUGGAUAUCACAUACAUGAGUGGAAGAAGCCUACAUUGGAGGAUCUUCGACCCAUACAAUGCACGCUAUGAGGUCCCUGUUCAUCUUGACCUGCCUGCCAUGCCAGAAACAAAGAAACCAAGAGAGUAUAGGGUUCAGAUCCAUGACAAACCAUUUGGAAUCCAAGUGAUCAGAAAGGAAACAAAUGAAAUUAUAUGGGACUCUGCCGUGCCGGGGUUUACAUUCUCUGAUCAGUUCCUUCAGAUCUCCACACGCCUUCCCUCAGACUAUGUCUAUGGUUUUGGUGAAACCGAACACCCCACCUACAAACAUGACCUCAACUUCCACAAAUAUGGCCUGUUUGCGAAAGAUCAGCCUCCAGGGUAUAAGCUGAACAGUUAUGGAGUCCAUCCUUUCUACAUGGGUCUGGAGAAAUCAACAAGUGCUCAUGGCGUGCUCCUGCUUAACAGCAAUGCUAUGGAUGUGACCUUCCAGCCUACUCCAGCUCUGACCUACCGCACCAUCGGAGGUAUCUUGGACUUCUACAUGGUGAUGGGACCCACUCCAGAAGAAGUGGUUCAGCAGUACACUGAGAUGAUCGGCCGCCCGGUUCUUCCGGCCUACUGGUCGCUCGGAUUCCAGCUUUGCCGCUAUGGCUAUGCCAACGAUAAAGAGAUCGCAGAUCUUUACAGAGACAUGAAAGCAGCUAAAAUACCUUACGAUGUGCAAUAUGCAGACAUUGAGUACAUGGAGAGGCAAAUGGACUUUACGCUGGACCAAGUGAACUUUAAAGAACUGCCUGCUCUGGUGGACGAGAUGAGGGCUGAGGGAAUGCGUUUCAUCUUCAUCCUGGACCCAGCGAUAGCAGGCAAUGAGACAAAAUCCUACCCUGCAUUUGAUACCGGGAUUGAAAAAGACGUUUUCAUCAAAUGGCCCCCUGAGCUCAGCAAUGACAUUGUGUGGGGAAAGGUAUGGCCUGAUUAUCCCAAUGUCACUGUGGACAAUUCUUUGGACUGGGAUACUCAAGUAGAGCUAUUCAGAGCUUUCGCUGCGUUCCCUGAUUUCUUCAAGAACAGUACAGCAGAGUGGUGGGGAGAGCAGAUUAAAGACUUUUACAACAACAUCAUUAAGUUUGACGGACUUUGGAUCGACAUGAAUGAGCCAGCCAGUUUCGUGCAUGGAACCGUUGGAGAAAAUUGUCUAGGGAAUGAUGGUUUGGAAAAUCCUCCAUACAUGCCCUCACUGGAGUCCAAGCUCAGAGGUCUGAACCAUAAGACUUUAUGCAUGAACAGUGAGCAGAUCCUUGCCAGUGGCACACGUGUUAAGCAUUAUGAUGUCCACAACUUGUACGGCUGGUCUCACACGAAACCCACUUACGAUGCUUUGCUUAGUACCACUGGAAAGAGAGGUGUCGUAGUUACCCGUUCAACAUACCCAUCUAGUGGGCGCUGGGCAGGACAUUGGCUGGGAGACAACUACUCUGCCUGGGACCAACUUCUGAAGUCCAUUAUAGGCAUGAUGGAGUUCAGCAUAUUUGGCAUCCCUUAUACUGGUGCUGAUAUCUGUGGCUUCUUUAAUGUUGCUGAUUAUGAGAUGUGCCAUCGUUGGAUGCAGCUUGGAGCUUUCUAUCCAUUCUCUAGAAACCACAACACCAUCAACAUGCCAAGGCAGGAUCCCGUAGCCUGGGGGCCGGAUUUUGCUGCCAUGUCUCGGGAUGUGCUGAACAUUCGCUAUACCCUCCUGCCGUAUUUGUACACAUUGAUGUAUGAAGCCCACGUUCAUGGGAACACUGUGGUCAGACCGCUGUUGCACGAGUUUGUCACUGAUGAAAAAACAUGGGACAUCGACAGACAGUUCCUCUGGGGUCCCUCUCUUCUAAUCACACCGGCUUUGGACCCGGGUGUUACUGUGGUCAGGGGAUACGUGCCAAAUGACCGCUGGUAUGAUUACCACACGGGUAAAGCUGUUGGAGUGCAAGGACAGUUUGUGGAUAUGGAUACACCGUUAACAAAAAUUAACUUGCAUGUGAGAGCAGGACACAUCCUGCCCUGGCAGAAACCAGAGAACAACACACACUACAGUCGUCUGAAUCCAUUGGGUCUGAUUGUUGCUCUUAAUGAAGGUGUAGCAAAUGGAUCCCUGUUCUGGGAUGACGGAGAGGGAAUUAAUACUGUUCAGAAUGGACAAUACCUCUUGACAACUUUCUCUGUGUUUGAUCGGAAUCUUACCAGCAAGGUUUCUGUAAAUGGGCUGGCCGAGGCUGACCGACUGACCCUGGGUGUCGUGAGGGUUUGGGGUGUAACAGAGGAUGUCUCUCAGGUUAACAUGAAAGUGGCUGGGAAGCUUGACACCACCUUGGAUCACCACUAUAACCCUGAGAUUCAAGAGCUGCAGUUUGACGCAACAUCAUUAUCUCACACCAUUGAAAAGUCUUUCACAAUCAUCUGGACCAAAACUUAGUCAUGGACUGUCUACGGAGACCAGCUUGAGCCAAGAGUAAUCACAAUUAUUUCUGUCUAUUUAUGAAUGUUCAGUCAACUAGUAAUUUGUUUAGCAUUUCCCCUGGAAGCUUUUUAUGGUAGAUAUCGUCAGGGCUUAAAACGUUAAAUGUUUUGUUGAUGUCUUUUUGGUCUGGAUCUCAUAUUAGAAAUAGAUUGUGGUUGUGCAACGAUAGGCCUAACUUGGAAGGCAUUCUGCAAUGCUGGCAUUUGGGGAAGAGGGAAUACAACGAUAACCCUUAAUUAUUGAUAAUCACAGCUUUUUAAUGAGAAAACCUCGUAGUGGCGGCUACCUGCUGGGCGUGCUUCACGCACUACUACAGCAUGAUGUAAUGAUACAAUAAUCAAUUAUUCAUUCUACAGUAAACAUAAUGAUAUCAAUUAAGCAAUGGAGGCUGUAAAUUGAUUUCUUCUCUAACUGGCAAUCAUCACGAGCUGGAGAGCUGUGCCUUCGAUAUUUAGAUGCUAGACAAAAACAGUGAU